AUGGAAAGUCAGUCGACACCAUUGCUGCUGCCGACCUACAAGGGUAGGGUAGAUUCUACUUUGGAUGCCCUUGUCCUCUUCGAAGCAGUCCUAUCGGGCAGGUUCCCCCAUUGUCCCCGUCGCCCUCACGACCGCGAGCGUCAAGACCUCAUCCAAAGCGGCAACGUCUUCAUCUACGAAGAGCAUGCGUCCGGAAUCAAACGCUGGACCGAUGGAGUUACCUGGAGCCCGAGUCGCAUUCUCAAUAAUUUCUUAAUCUACCGGGAGCUCAUAAAGCCCUUCCCUCCUGGCGAAAAGAAGCGAGCCCUGAAGAAGAAAAAGCCCUCGCCAGGAGGCAUCGUCAAGACGGAAUCGUCGUCGCAUCAGCCGAAAAUGUCGGCAUAUAUGGAAGCAGGCCUUGAGCAAUCCAUCGGUGGCAGCAAGGCAGAUGAGCGAGCCCUAGUUGGCUCUCUUAUUGAUUCUUAUCCCUUCAAAGAGGGGGGCCUCGUAAAGAAGACGAUAAGUCUCGCCUUUCAAGGGGUCACCCAUCACCUGGUCAGUUAUUAUGCCGUUGAUGAUUUCAAGGAUCUCAUCAGACCGACCCAUGACCGAGCUCUGCGUGGCAUUCAUCCUCGCUACGAGUUUCUGCAUUACAAUUUUCGAUUCCCCAUGCAAGAACCUGUUUCGAUUCCCGAACCUGAAGUUGCCCUUUCUACCAACUACGGUUCUCAUCAAGGCUCAUUCAGCAAUGGCACUGCUAUCCUUCACCAUGCUAUGAGUCACAGCGAUUUACAAAUCCCUAUGAGCAAUGCUCAGCAUGGCAGCUCGCCUGCGUUCGCGUGGCCACAGCCUUCUCGAGAGACGCCGCUCAACAGUUACGCCACAGGCCCCCCUCCGAAUUCAAGUUAUCAUCAGGUCGGAAUGCCGCAACAGCAAUUGACGUACCCGGUCAGCCAGCCUCCCUAUCUUCCCCAACACUCAUACUACAUGUCGCAACCCCAAACGGUGCCCCAAACGGUGCCCCAAACUGUGCCCCAAACUGUGGCACCAAUUGCACACCCUUCAACAUUUACAAUGUCCUCUGUUGCACCAAUGCCUUCAGAUGCAGACGAUGAGCAGGAUGCCAACGGCUACACUCUCGAGGAUGGUAGUGAAUGGAAUACAUUUGACCAAAAUAUGGGCGGCAAUGGUCAUAUGGGCGGCAAUGGUCAUAUGGGAGGCAAUGGUCAUAUGGGUGGCAAUGGCCAUAUGAGAAUGUAUUAA